AUGAAUCCCAAAGCAGCAAACUACAUCGAGCAGCUCAACAGCGCCCGGUGCGAGGGGAAUUGGGAUGCUGUGCCGGAGCUGGUACGCAAAGUUCGCAAGCACGCUCCUGAGAGGCAAUGUCUUGCAUUGGCGGCCGAGACCGAAUGCGCCAUCUCGCAAGCAACGCUAGCCGGUGCUCGACCCUCUGCUGCCCAGACAGCCCGAGACCUCGACGUGCCCACCCUGUUUCCCAAAUUAGCUGCCGCCAUUGACGACGAACAACAUCAUCAUGAAGAUCGAUUUCAGGCAAAGGUCUGCAUGGGCUGGUUGCACUGGGUGGUUGGAGAGUACAACGACGCCAUGGCCAUUCUCCCUGGUAGCCUCGAAGCCGAAGGCAUCUCGGAAGAACGAAUGGAUACGGUUUCCGAAUGGACCAACUUGAGUGCCCUCAAGUCUGCGUAUCUAAAAGCUAAUUGCUUCAUGCGGAACGACCAGGGGCCGGAAGCUCUCUCAGCGCUGAGGACGGGGACACCGUCCUUGAAUGGAGUUUGGUGUGGUCAUGGCGUCAGGAAGCAGCUGCGGUACUGGUCAGAAUUGUUCUUGACAGAAUAUUGCAUGCUGUCUAGCCAGGCUGUCGAGAAGGAAGAGCUAGACCUUGACGACCCGGACGCCCUCGCCAGCUUCCGGGCCUGGGCUAGGUACUGGGAUGUCAUGGGAGCUCCCAUUACUGGCGGGUUUGGUUUCAAAGGCUCUGUCCCUCGGCGAAGGAUAUGGGCCGAGUAUUACGAGGCACUAUCUCGCAUCCUAGAAAACGACUUAUCCUACGCAGGAGGUCCUGUCGACACGAUUUCGGCCGAUUCGUCUGCCCGAGCCCAACUUCGACUGGAGACGAAGAAAGUAGAAGCCGCCUACCGAGCUCUCAUCCUGACAGAAACGACGUUUCCCAAGGCCGACGAGGAUCGGGAAGAAGUUGAGGACUUUGUGAAGCGAGUCAUGACGAAUUGGUCCAUUCUUUGCGGUCGGGGUUGGCGAGAACAAGACCUGGGUGAAGGCGGCCGAGCCGCGAUGAGUCGUAACGUUCUUGAAACCUUGUACAGUGCUGCAACACGAACGUACCAUUCUACCACGAUACUUCGAUCUCUGUUUAGAGUCCAUCUGGCCUUGGCGGAAUUCGACCUUGCCUUCAAGGCGCUUGACUCGUAUCUAGAGAUUGUGCACAAGGCCAAGGCCCGAGUGGAAAAGACGGGACACAGGGAAGCGGGCCUGGAUGAUGACGGUGCCGUGCUAGAAACCAUGGCGCAGGCUAUCAUCGCUCUAUGCCGCUACGGACGCCGAAACGCAGGAGAAAGGGCACGCCAGCUUGGGGCUGAACUUGAAGACCAGCUGUCCAAGAUGUCACACACAAGAUCUGCCGAAAACGGGGCCCCUACUAAUGGUGAUACUGAACCAAGAAGCGAGUGGCGGACCCAUGUCGCACCAAAUGUGGUCGCCUUGGCCUGGCAGGCGAUUGGGUUGUCUCAUGCUCACUGGGCCAGAAUCACUCACGAAGCAGCCUCCAUAACCGAAAUUCAGUCCAAGGCUAUACGCUGUCUUCGAAAGUCCUUGGCCGCCGAGUUUGGUCGUUCUAAAGACAUCAGGAGCUUCUUCAGUCUUGCUCUUCUGCUUGCUGAGAGACGCGAGCUCACGGCUGCGAUAGAGCUCGUGCGCUCCGCUUUGCUCUGCAACAAGGGCAACGAGGAGAGUUACAGUCUAUUUCAUGGGCCGUACUGGCAGGAAAGGACUCUGAUUCCUGUGUGGCAUUUACUAGCUUUAUUGUUGAGUGCCAGACAGGACUAUGCCUUGGCUGCCCGAGCUUGCGAAGGCGCGUUGGACCAAUUUAAAGACUCAACAAUUCUUUUUGGCAAGUCUUCUGCACACAGCGACCACCUCAAAGACCCUGGAGCUCACAAAACAGCCGAAACCCCUGUUCGGGGGCUUGUUGAUGACAUGGACGGCUCAGAGAAGGAGAGCAUUUUGGAGGUCAAGAUGACGCAACUGGCUCUUAUAGAAGUAGUUGAGGGACCGGACGCAGCUGUCAAUGCCAGUCACGAACUGCUCUCACUAUUUUCCCGCCUCUUUGGCUCGCCCUCGACCGCAUCGCCUGUCGCCUUACCGGCGCCCUCAUUACCGCCAGAAACGUCGGGCACAAUUCGAGGCAUUCGCGGAAGCAUCUUUGGAGGAGGAAAGGCGGACAAAUCGAGUCCGCCGGCAAGGCAGCAUACCAUCAGUGCCGUAGGAGAGAAGUCGGCGGUGGCUACCUCGAGGCCUGCAACAUCUCACAGCUCUCACACAGCGGCGCCGGCAAGUCAAGGAUUUGACGAAAAGGACACCAUCAAUGGCUCACGACGUGGCGGCAGCGGCCCUGGACGUGGAAGCAACUCACGACGAAGGAAUAGCCUGAAGAAGAGGGACAGGAGUGGUAGCCGGACUAGACCUGUACCGGCUGCUGCAACCAUACACCAGCCUACUAUGGUUGAUGGGGAGACUUUCUUUACCCCAACUGGAGAAGUGGACUCUCCUGACUUUUUCAAUUUGAAUAAGCUGUCUGCUGUUCAGCCGCCAUCCUCAAGCCGAGGCAAGCCUAUGUCGUCUAUGCACUCCAUCAUGUCAGCUACAUCCAAGUCGUCCGACGUCACGGAACUGAAUGUUGACGUUACUCACGCCUCUCCCAAUGUGCUUCCGCUCGUACAGUUUUCCAAGAUGGAGGAGAAAGGCCAGAAGAUUUCUCUACUGAUCAAGAUCUGGCUCACCAUUGCUGGCUUCUAUCGUCGCGCUGGCAUGCUGGACGAUGGCAAGGCUGCAGUUUUGGAGGCUCAGAAGCUACUGGUGGGUAUCGAGUCUGAGGCUGCAAGGGACCCUUCCAGCACAGGUGCAGCGAAAGGCGACGGCUGGGGUGAGAUGAGGAGCAGCGAUGACCUUUGGGGUGACAUUUGGUCCGAGCUCGGACUCUUGGGCAUUGCUAGGGGUCUCCCGUACGAAGCCAAGUCGGAUUUCGAAGUAGCCCUCACACACUCAGCUGACCACGCCACGGCUAUCGUGGGCUUGUCCAACGUUCUGCUGGACAUUUACAGCGAAAAGGUGCUUCCCCCUCCGAAUAUGCCGUCCCUAGACGGGCUGUCCCAGAGUGAGAAGGGGCCAUUUCAAUCAUGCAACCAAGGGCUCCGCGAGAGAUUUGCAGGUACUCUGCCGUCAUGGCCUCUUGGACUCGGGCCAUUCAUGGACGACGGUGUCGCAUCGCCGACUCCGGGCAAGGCCGCUGCCAGAAGCGAGCAUGAACAACUCCCUGUGUCGUAUAAAGCCGCGCACCUGCCGCUGGUAGAUCGACUUGCGGCGAGAGAGCGUGCGUUUACUCUUCUUUCCGGGCUGACCCGCCUGGGCACUGGGUGGGACAAUUCCGAUGCCUGGUUCGCCUUGGCGAGGGCGCACGAAGAGAGUGGACAGCCAGAAAAGGCCAAGGAAGUUUUGUGGUGGUGUGUAGAGCUGGAAGAGGCCAUGGGUGUGCGGGACUGGCGCUGUGUGGGUAAUGGUGGUUACUUUAUUUAG